UGGCGUCAUCGUAUCCAAGGAGGUAAUUUAAAAUUGUGAAAGUUUUGUCGCCGCUGCAUCAAAACGCUUUGUUGAUUUUGGUACAUAUUUGAGUAGUUUGGUGUCAAAUAUAUCAAAGGAUUGGAUUAACGAGGCCAAGCAAUCAAUGAUGUCUUAAUGUCAAUGGAAAACGGGAAUGAAGACUUCUUGAAUAAUAAGGUCAAAAUGAGUGCAGUUCUGCAAAGCUAGCAUUUACCUAUGCUUUAAAAAGUCGAAAUGGCCACAGCUGUAUCGACAACAGCUCUUCUAGAUAGUUUCAGCUUUCAGAGUUCAGAUGAUGAGAGUGAAAGAAAAAAGAGCAUUCCACAAUCACGAAAACGCAAAAAGAAACGGAAAAGACAAAGUACAGGUGGACCAGCAAGUAGAAAACCUUCCAGUAGGGAUAUCCGUACUUUAAAACCAGCGUGGAAUUAUUCCGGGAUUACAACAUCAUCAGCUAUGUCUUCUACUACUGAAACUACACAGCAGUUAUUGGGAUUCAAUGUGAAACGGGUGGAGCUGAGCUCGAAACCUUCCAACCAAAUGACUAGGUGUGCAUCCCAACAAGCCACCUGGUCUUCAUCGACAAAACUUCCAUCAGUUCAACAAACCAGAGCUUCCAGUGUUUUUUCGACAAAUCAAACAGGCUCAUUUCAGGAGAAAAAGAAAAGGAAAGUGGCUCUCUUGGUUGCCAUAAAGCCAGAGAAUGUGGAAUCGGAAAAGGCACGCUUUUUUCGUGCCAGUUAUAACUAUCACCCUCUCUUUAUAUACAAGUACCCUGCUGAUCCUGAGGUGCUGGCCCGCACAAGUAAUCCUUCUGAUAGAUACCUCACUCAGUCUCAGUAA